UGAGAUCGGACGCACUAUAAAAGGAGACGCUGCAACGGAAUUCUUGCAUUCCGUGAAAGGACAGUGCGAAGAGAACUCCUGGAAGAAGGAGCAGAAGGAAAUUGUGCUUAAGUCUCGCGAGUGUAGGUGAACCAAGUACCAGCCAUGGGUAAGGAGAAGACUCACAUCAACAUCGUGGUGGUGGGCCACGUAGACUCCGGCAAGUCCACCACUACCGGUCAUCUCAUCUACAAAUGCGGUGGUAUCGACAAGCGAACCAUCGAGAAGUUCGAGAAGGAGUCCUCUGAGAUGGGCAAGGGCUCCUUCAAGUACGCCUGGGUGCUGGACAAGCUGAAGGCUGAGCGUGAGCGCGGUAUCACCAUCGACAUCGCCCUGUGGAAGUUCGAGACCAACAGGUUCUACGUGACCAUCAUCGAUGCCCCAGGCCAUCGUGAUUUCAUCAAGAACAUGAUCACCGGAACCUCCCAGGCUGACUGCGCUGUGCUGAUCGUUGCUGCCGGUACUGGCGAGUUCGAAGCUGGUAUCUCUAAGAAUGGGCAGACCCGUGAGCACGUGUUGCUGUGCUUCACCCUGGGUGUGAAGCAGCUGAUCGUGGCCGUUAACAAGAUGGACAGCACCGAGCCCAAGUAUUCCGAGGACCGCUACAAGGAAAUUCACAAGGAAGUGAGCGCCUACGUCAAGAAGGUCGGCUACAACCCCGCCACCGUUCCCAUGAUUCCCAUCUCCGGCUUCAACGGCGACAACAUGCUCGAGAAAUCCGACAACAUGCCCUGGUGGAAGAAGCAGAAGAUCUCGCGCAAGAACGACAGCUACGAGUACGAGACCCUCUUCGAUGCCCUCGACAACAUCGAGCCCCCCACCAGACCCCUGGACAAGCCCCUCCGCCUUCCUCUCCAGGACGUAUACAAGAUUGGUGGCAUUGGAACAGUGCCCGUGGGCCGUGUGGAGACUGGUAUCCUGAAGCCUGGCACUGUUGUCACCUUUGCCCCUAACGGUCUGACUACUGAGGUGAAGUCUGUGGAGAUGCACCACGAAGCUCUUACUGAGGCUGUCCCUGGUGACAACGUUGGCUUCAACGUGAAGAACGUGUCCGUGAAGGAUCUGAAGCGUGGAUUCGUAGCUUCCGACUCCAAGAACGACCCAGCCAAGGAAGCUGCUGACUUCACCGCCCAGGUGAUCGUCCUUAACCACCCUGGCCAGAUCCAGGCUGGCUACUCACCUGUACUCGAUUGCCACACUGCUCACAUCGCCUGCAAGUUCGCUGAACUGCUGACCAAGAUCGACAGGCGUACUGGUAAGGAACUGGAAGCUUGCCCUAAGCAUGUGAAGUCCGGCGACUCCUGCAUUGUGAAGAUGAUUCCCAGCAAGCCCAUGUGCGUGGAGACCUUCCAACAGUAUGCUCCUCUUGGACGUUUUGCUGUGCGUGAUAUGAAGCAGACGGUAGCUGUGGGUGUGAUCAAAGAAGUCAACAAGAAGGAACAAAGCGGUAAGACUACGAAGGCUGCUGAGAAGGCCCUCAAGAAGAAGUAACUAGAUGUGGACAGGCUCCUGUGCCUGUCGUGGGAGGCAGGCAUCAUGAGCGCUGUGCUUGGUUCACCAAACACUCGGAUAUGCCACAGGAAAGUCGUCAGAAGGAAAGAUGUCCAAUAUAAUAGGACUAUUAUUAUCAUUAUAUCUUUUGUCUUUAAUGUUCCAUGCGGCAUAUAUAUCACCAUAUAUUGUGGAUAACACUCACCAGCUUUGAUUAAACUUACGAUGCUCA